AUGGACCAGGAAGAAGUCUCGCUUCCCCCGCUUAUAAGCGGCGUGUCGCACAAUCCGCGAAAGCGCCCGCGCCAGCCACGGUUGUCGUCGUCACUUUCCGUGAAUUCCAGCGACCCGGCUAUCUUUUCCAGCGACGAUGAUCCCGCGCUGGACAAUUACGUAGAGGGCCGCCAGAAGAAGAAAUAUAUCGGCUCCUGGUUUAAGCAUGAUCCCGCAUCAUCCUCCGACUCCACGUUUGGCGAACCCACCGUUGCCUUGGGUCCCAAACCAAAGCGGACUUUCAGGCGAGACUUCGACAGUGGUGUCUUUCUCGGCAGCGAUGGCACCGACAGCGAGGGAGUGCCGGAAGUUCUGGACAGUCCGGCAAAGCCGAAGCUUCCUCAAGUUGUUGUCCCUAAAAUCUCAGCUGCAGAACAGAAGCUGAGGGACAGGAUUGAGCGCUGUCUUGAGACUGGGGAUGAGGCCAUCGACUUCUGGCAGAUGAAUCUGUGUGAAUUAUCCAACGAUACCAUCGCUCCUCUUUCUCAAUUUGCCCACAUCCCCAAGAUCACAAAGGAUGUCGCUUUUGAGCAAAAAGAACCUGAGCUCAAGCUGUAUCUGGCCCAGAACAGAUUGAUGCGCCUACCUGGCGCUCUGUUCGAUGUGACCUACCUCACCACGCUCAGCCUUCGCAACAACAAAUUGGCCGAGGUCCCUCCAGCCAUUGGGAAAAUGCACAAUCUCCAGCAGCUCAAUCUAUCACAAAAUCGAAUUCGGUAUUUCCCAGUCGAGCUACUUGACCUAUUCAAGGCCAACAACCGCCUGGAGGGCUUGUCAUUAUUCCCCAACCCUCUCCUACCCGCAGAACAGUCGUUUGAGAGCCUCCUAGACGACGUUGGCCCAGAGCCAUUUGAAGUGUGGGACGGUGCUCCCUGGAAGACUACCGAGAAUUUGCCCCGAUUUCUUACCCGUCGCCUAGGUCGUUCACCGGUUCAGACUUCAGAGAGUACGGGCAAAAUUACGUCCGUCUUCACCAUGAAAUCAGCCACGGAUGCCGGCAUCGUUCGCGUGGAACAAAUCUUCAACACUAAACACGAGUCUCACGGAUCUCCAGACCCCUCGGAUGAGCCCAGUGUCCAGCAACAGACGGUAUCCAGCACCAGAGUACCAAGUCUGGUAGAGACCGUGAUGAGAAGUGCCCAUAGGAGUCCUCAUCUCGGCGAGAUGGCAUCGUAUAUUCCUGACGAGCUGUCUCACCUCCGCACACUGUGCGAUCGAGCUACACUACAGCAGGACCAGGGAGGACUGGUAUGCUCACAAUGUCGGAGGACCAUUGUGACUCCGGCGCUUGAAUGGAUCGAGUGGCGAGAAAUACGAUCCUUCUCAGAGAGCACGAGGUUUGGUAGAGCUGGCAAAUAUCGUUUGGUUCCUAUCAGCGUGCGCCGAGAUGAGAUCAACGUACCAUUCAUACACCGAGCAUGCUCAUCAAGGUGCGGUCCACAGGAACAGCAUGCAGGUUGGGAAUUUCCUCAGGGAACUCGGGGCAGAACCAUUGGCAAUAUUUUCUAUACGGGUCCCCUCCCUGGUGAGGAGGGUACACCAUCCGAUCCAUAA